CAUAAACUCUGUAUAAAACGGAGACGAACCUCCGGUACCUCACAGUUCAUCCGCUCCUCCAAUUCCUUUACAGAAGUAUCUGUUCCGCCGCGCAUUUUCCCGCUCUCCUUCUCAUUCGUAGUUUCUGCAACGAGAAAUGGCGGAUCAGCUGACCGAUGAUCAGAUCACCGAGUUCAAGGAAGCCUUCAGCCUCUUCGACAAGGACGGCGAUGGUUGCAUCACAACAAAGGAGCUUGGGACUGUGAUGAGAUCAUUGGGGCAGAAUCCCACUGAAGCUGAGCUCCAGGAUAUGAUAAACGAAGUUGAUGCUGAUGGAAAUGGAACUAUUGACUUUCCUGAGUUCCUAAAUCUGAUGGCUAGGAAGAUGAAGGACACUGACUCAGAGGAGGAGUUGAAAGAGGCAUUCAGAGUGUUUGAUAAGGAUCAGAAUGGUUUCAUCUCUGCUGCCGAGCUUCGUCACGUGAUGACCAAUCUUGGGGAGAAGCUAACGGACGAAGAGGUGGACGAGAUGAUACGGGAGGCAGAUGUUGACGGAGAUGGUCAGAUUAACUACGAGGAGUUUGUCAAGGUUAUGAUGGCCAAGUGAUGAUGGUGAGGGUUCGAUGGAUAGGGUCAGAAGCAGCUUAGUAUAAUUAUGAAGAAUGCUUUGCCACUAUUACUUGUCAUUUUACCUUUUGUUUUGUAUUUUUUGUUUGUUAUUUGUUUUGGAUGGUGGUUUAAGAUAUGGACUUGAGCUAAUGUAAUUUCUAUGUUCUUCUGACUCAUGUAUCUAAGGUUUGUUUUCUUUCUGGGAAAAAAGAAUAGGAUGACACCCCAUCUCUGAGGGUCCCCAAUCGAACGAUACGUUGAGAGGAUGUAAAUUGGACUAUAAUCACAAUCUGACAAAUAGAGAGUGAGGUUCUGUCCUUGAUACUUGCAGAGGCCUUAAACAUUUUUUAGCACAAUAAUCUUUCAUCGCAGUUGCGGGAAUUCGAACCCGGGAUAUAACCCUUGUGCCACUCCCUCGCUAUCAGUUGACUAGUUGAGCUAUGCCCAUUGGUUCUUUCUGGGAGAAUCUAGUUUACGUUACCUAAUGCAUCACGAAGUAUAUUGGUAGAUUUCUGAUGGUCUUGACCGGUUACUCUCCUGAUCUAAGUGUCUUCAUGGAUUAGGACAUUAGGUUCUAAUCUCUGAAGUAUGUCUACGCAUAGAUAAGUAGAUUAGGUACUAAUAGUAAUAUGAAAAAAUGGCAGGAAAAUUACUAUGAGAGUUUUCAUUACCAAAUAUUCCCUCCGAUUUGAAAAGAAGUUUCACCUUUCCUUUUUGGGCAGAUUCAAAAUUAAUUCCACUUUCAAACAUUUCCUUUUAUCUUCAUCAAAACAGUGUCAAACAGUAUCAAACAGUGUUCAAACAGUGCCAAACAGUGUACUCCAUAAUAAAAUCAAAUUUAUUCUCUUAAAAUGUGUUAAGUCAAACGUGAAACUUGUUUAUGAAUCGGAGAAAGUAUAUGACAGAUAGAUCGACAACUUCUCCUCUCCUCUCUCCAUACGUCCGCCGUCGUCACAUCUUCCACACGCCGCCUCAGCUCUCAUCGACCCGACCGCCGUCGCUGCUUCAUCUCUCACCCAUUCGUCGCUGGUUUGCCCCUCACCCCUUGGCUACCACGGUUUCAUCUCCCAUCCAUUAAUCAUCGUUGAUUCGUGCCUCAAGUAACAUCGCUGCCACUCUUCUUCUUGUUCUCUGUCUGCGAUUGGGCGGCGAACGAUGGUGUAUGCGGGUAACAUUGUAGAACGACGUCAAUCAGGCGGUUGUGGCCGUGAAAGAAACACCACCGGCCCACCACUUAUCUCUUCUCGCUUUUCUAUUCUAGCACGCCCCACAUGGCAACUGAUUGACGGCGAAUGUUCAGAUUGACGGAGAGCAGCUGAUCUGAUCUGGGAGCAGGGGAGG